AUGGAAACCAUUGCAGGUGAUCAAUUGGCAAUUGCUAAGGAAACCGAGCAUUGGUUGGGAAUGGGUACAAACUUGUACCCAUCUUCAUCUCUUCUGGGGGACAACAAGGAUGAAUUAGUUUCGGCUCUACCUGUGGAUGAACUAAUUGAGAAAGCUGAUGGUUUUGCUAGGGUGCUUCCUGGUGAUGGGGUCAAUGAUGCACCUGCAUUAAAGAAAGCAAACAUAGGAAUUGCAAUGGCAGAUGCAACAGAUGCUGCUCGAAGUGCUUCUGACAUAGUUCUAAUAGAGCCUGGAUUGAGUAUAGGGAUUUUGCAUGUGCCACUGACCUGUUCCACUUUUGAAUUUACGUACCAUGACAUGGAUCUAUUUCCAGGUAGUAUCAUGACAAUCUCCAAGGACAGAGUCAAGCCUUCUCAGCUGGAAACUCAGUGA